UCUUCCCGGGCGCCUGGCCCCGCCCCAGUCCAGCCGCGGCUCGGGUUCGAGCUGCCGCUCGGCAGGCCUGGGUGCCCCGGGCAUGAGCGAGGUGUGGGGGGCCGGAGGGCCUCGGUGCCAGGCAGCGCUCGCGGUCCUGGCCUCGCUGUGCCGGGCCCGGCCUCCCCCUCUCGGGCUGGACGUGGAGACUUGUCGGAGCUUUGAGCUGCAGCCCCCGGAGAGGAGUCCGAGCGCCGCCGACGCAGGCACCUCUGUUGGCCUUCUCGCCGUGGUGGUUAUUGUGUGUGGUGUGGCCCUGGUGGCAGUUUUUCUUUUUCUCUUUUGGAAGCUGUGCUGGACACCCUGGAGGAACAAGGAGGCCUCCAGCCCCUCUUCUGCUAACCCUCACUUAGAGGCCUUCCAGAGCCCUAGCUCCAGAAGCAACAUGGCGGACAAGCUGAAGGACCCCAGCACCCUGGGCUUCCUGGAGGCGGCUGUGAAGAUUAGUCACACAUCCCCAGAUAUCCCAGCCGAGGUGCAGAUGUCAGUAAAGGAGCACAUAAUGCGUCACACACGGCUGCAGCGACAGACCACAGAGCCAGCAUCAUCCACCAGGCACACAUCCUUCAAGCGCCACCUGCCACGGCAGAUGCAUGUCUCCAGCGUAGACUAUGGCAAUGAGCUGCCACCCGCAGCAGAACAGCCUACCAGCAUUGGCCGCAUCAAGCCUGAGCUCUACAAGCAGAAGUCAGUGGAUGGGGAUGAUGCCAAGUCUGAGGGUGCCAAGAGCUGCGGGAAGAUCAACUUCAGUCUACGCUAUGACUAUGAGAGUGAGACCCUGAUUGUGCGCAUCCUGAAAGCUUUUGACCUCCCUGCCAAGGACUUUUGUGGAAGCUCUGACCCUUAUGUCAAGAUCUACCUCCUGCCCGACCGCAAAUGCAAGCUGCAGACCCGGGUGCACCGUAAGACCCUGAACCCCACGUUCGAUGAGAACUUCCACUUCCCUGUGCCCUAUGAGGAGCUGGCCGACCGCAAGCUGCACCUCAGUGUCUUUGACUUCGACCGCUUCUCCCGCCAUGACAUGAUUGGGGAGGUCAUCCUAGAUAACCUCUUUGAAGCCUCUGACCUGUCCCGGGAAACCUCCAUCUGGAAGGACAUCCAGUAUGCCACGAGCGAAAGUGUGGACUUGGGGGAGAUCAUGUUCUCCCUGUGCUACCUGCCCACAGCAGGCAGGCUCACCCUCACAGUGAUCAAGUGUCGCAAUCUCAAGGCAAUGGACAUCACAGGCUAUUCAGAUCCCUAUGUCAAAGUGUCCCUGCUCUGUGAUGGGCGGAGGCUGAAGAAGAAGAAAACAACCAUAAAGAAGAACACUCUCAAUCCCAUCUACAAUGAGGCCAUCAUCUUCGACAUCCCCCCAGAGAAUAUGGAUCAAGUCAGCCUGCUCAUCUCGGUUAUGGAUUAUGAUCGAGUGGGCCACAAUGAGAUCAUCGGUGUCUGUCGUGUGGGCAUCCAUGCUGAAGGCCUGGGCAGGGACCACUGGAAUGAGAUGCUGGCAUACCCUCGGAAGCCCAUUGCACACUGGCACUCCUUGGUGGAGGUAAAGAAAUCCUUCAAAGAGGGAACCCCUCGGUUGUGAUUUCAUUCACGUGGAUGCUGCUCGCAGAGAGGCUGCCACCUGGAGUUAGGAUGGCAGGGCCGAGCUGCCAGCUUCGACAGUGAGAGCUCAUGUCCAUCUCCGAAACCACCUCCGACACCGUGAGCUGCAGGGCUGAGCCACACGAACUCAGACUCAGUGAUGUUCUUUUUGCACUUGUUCAGCCGUCUAGACGCAGUGUUGUGCAGUCACCGAGGCAGCAGCUGUCCGUCUGCCACUCCAGUCUUAACUGCUCCUGUGUCGGUCAAGGCCAAGACACUUGUCCUGUGGUCAGAUCUGUUUUAGUCUUUUCUGUCUCUCAAGGUGAUGUUUUUGUGAUUUUCACUUUGUAUGGGUCUACUGUCAAGAAAAGAAGAAAAAACAAAACAAGAAAACAAUGAGUAGGAAACAGCAAGGUGGAAAGCCCAGAAGUUGGCUGUAUAAAAUACAAUGUAAAAUAGCAGUCUUUGGAGGAAAGGUGGAUUGAGUUUCUAAAAUUUUGUGUCUCCCCCAUGCUCUACGGCCCUGGAGGCAGCAGUGUGGUGGAGCUACAGCUGCAUUUCAGGGCCCUGCGGGAAUGGUACAAAUCAACCCAAGACCUUGUACGAGGCUAUUCCUCUUCGGAGCUCUUCACUGGUGUGGCAUAACCCGAGAUGUGGACUCCUGUCCCAUGUCGAAGUCACAGGACUUCUGCAGUGUUUGUGACCCUCCAGCAGAUAUGCAGAGGCCCUUGCUUCCCUUCCUUGUUGGCUUGCCUCAUGGACUAGAAACAUCUUGAUUCCUCAUGGGGACUCAGUCACUUUCUUUAGGAAUGAUUCUGCUGAAACUAACCACACCAUAUGUUUUCUGAUGUGCUACAGUGAACAAGCACGUUUGUUUGCAAACAAGAUCUUUGUUCUCAAAAAUAACCUUCGUUGUAAGGAAAGAGAGGCACAAAUGUUCCACAGUGAUUUCUGCAUUUUACAUGCCUUUAUCACUCCACAAAGUGUCAAUCAGCUGUUUUAAAUGCCUAAAUAGAUCACAGAAAAACUUGGAUACAAUUUUCUUUUGUGAAAGAAGACUUUUGAAAUCCGAGCCACUGUUUGAGUUGGCCUCUCUGGGAAGAUCUUCUUUGCUGAAACUCAGCCGGCCCGAGCCUAUUUUAGCCCCUUGGACUCUGGGAUAAAACUCAUCUUAAACCUUUAGUUCCAUAAAUCACUGAGGUACUCAGUGUUGUUUGUUUCAGUGAUCGUGAGGGGUUUUGUUUUUGUUUGUUUUUCCUUCGGAUCUCUAUCUUAGGCCAAAUUCAGCAUAGGAAAAAAGAAGUUUGAACUGUUCUGUAUUAUAAUAGCACAUUCCUAUUGAGUGAAUAGUGGCUGUCCCAUGAACCCCUAUCCCUAGGUCGAUUUCCUCAGCAUCAGUCUGUACAGCCCUGGUAAGCACAUGGAGAUGAGUUUUCACUCCAACUUGUGACUGCACAGUGCCAGUUUCCACCCGUGUAUAGGAUUUGCAAGAAGCAAGUCAGCUGAUGAGCCCCUUCUUUCAACAAUGAAAGGUCAAGGACAUAAAAGCUAUUCGCACACCUUGUGUCUUAUUCUUUCUAUACAUUACAUGCUAUAGGAGCGGCAACUUUCAAUAAAGUAACACUCAUUUCAAGCCAAGUUAUCAUCUGAUAUAAUGGUAGGUGGUGUCUGCUAGCCCUAAAAAUGACCACAUUGGGCAUCAGCUAACAGGACAUGGUGGUAAAAUGUUUCUCACCUAGAAAAGUAAAUGUAGAUAAAUCUAAACUCCAUUCUGUACGGAACCUUACACUAGGGACUAAUGUGUAGAUCGCCUGGCUCCCCAAAUUUCUUGUGAUUGAUAGGCCUCCCUAGUCAGGCAGUGCUGUGUUUGGAUGUUCUCUUGAAAGUUAGAAAAACCCCAAGGUCAUGCCAAGACUCUCAGCAGGCAACACACUUCAUUAUGUUUCUAGAUUAACCCCAUCAAGAUGGCCAUUUCAAUCACUGAGCAGAUGCUGCUGAUCUUGCGAGUUGAAAGGGAGCGACUGAGUUUCUUGGGCCAUAAGGAGCUCGCAAAAUAGUAUGAGACGAUCCUUCCAAAAGUGAGCCCAAAAUGCAUGUCCAGGUGUCGUUUCUACACCCUUAGGCGGGAUGACCCAUCCUAACCUUUGGAGAAGGAAAUGUGCUCAGUGUGAAUCAUGGAAAAGUAUUGCUCAUCCAAGAGAUUUUUCUUAUACCAAGUGGCUCUGUCCUGUCAGGGAACCCUCCAACUGUUUCAGAAGAUCAUUUCCUGAGGGGAUUAUGGCCAGCCUCCAUGCCACCCCAGCCAACAGCUACCACUCCAGCUCCAGCAGCCUCGGGAAAUUCCUACUGGCAUAGGAACACACCCCAGGAAGGCUUUUAGCUCCUAGACCCCCAUUUCCCCACCCUCCUGGGCCCCCUAUUCCUCCCACACACCCCAGUCAGUCCUCAAUCUGAAGCCAGAAUGAUGCCUGAAUGGCUGCCAAUUUCAUUAUCUAGCCCAGUAUCUCUCCCUCACAGAUGAGAAUAAAUUGAAAUACAGGUUUCAGAGUAAACUGAAAUUCAAAGUUGAUUCAUUUUUCAGCUUCCCCUGGCAUGAGAAACCUCUUGGGUGAGCUUUGCUGAAGUCGAGAUAACCAGGGUGGUUUGCACACAGAUGUUUUGAAAAACACAAAGUUCUCUUCUUCAUUUAGCAGUGUUUCUGGGCUGAAAGAUGCCCCCCUCCCUCUCUGCGCUUCCCCAGGAUGUUAAUUAAUUGUAUCAUCAUUUAAAAACUUAUGUUGUUAAUUACUGCUUUGUGUCUUCCCAACCCUGUCACAGCCUGGAGUUUUUAUUCAAUUAAAUCUCUGUCUCUUGCCCA